GGAGAACUCUUUCACCGUUCUUCAGUUCCUUCUGCUGCCAAGCCCAGGUAAGGGCGUCAACAAAAAAGCUCUCAUCUAAAAGUUUACCUCAAGUUUGGCAUGAUCAUUUUAUCAACCAUUUCAACAUGAAUAUCCUCUCACUGCUCGCUAUCGGAGUGAUUCUUCUCGUGCCCGAUGUCCACGGUGCUGUAAAGCGCUGCUUCAAGUGCCGUUCCAGAGGCGAACUAGGCGAUUGCCGCAAUCCGGACGAGAGGACGUCAAGUCUAUCGAGCACUGGAAGGAAUCCAUUCCUUUCGUCAGCUGACAGAGAUCAAACGACCCGAAGCAAUUCCAAUGCUUUUGGGAGCAAUUUUGAGAGUUCCGGCUCUUGGGGUGGUGUCGAAGCUGUUCCAUGCUCAUCGGGGUGGUGCGCCAAAGUGAUAGAAGGCAAAGGAACGUUCAAGGCUGAAGAGUACGGAAUGGCAACUGAGCGAAUGUGUCUGCAACGACCGCCUCAAGAUUUACGCGAACGAUGUGCCAUGACAGUUCGAGGCAAUCAAGAAGUGUUCAUGUGUUUUUGUAAAGGUGAUUUGUGCAACGGUCAACCUUCAUUCGCAGCUCCCCUACACCUGAUCGCCGGCCUCGCCCUGUCCACUUUAUUCAUCUGGCGUGCUGUUUGAAAAGUAAAUCAUUGUGCAAUAGAAAAAGAAAAUCAACAUUCCCUCCACUCAUACCACAAACAGCACCUUUGUUUUUCCAAGCAGUUUUUCACAACAUUUACUUCGUUGACAGGAAAUAAAUCAUUUUCGUUUCGCUUUUAAGACAAAGUAA